GUUCCUGCUCGAAGCGCGAGUUUGAUGCUAACGGUUUCUCCGACAAUUUGUCUCGCGGGAAACAGAUGCAAUGCACGCUUUAGAACAACUCACGGAGAUUACAUUUCGGUGGUAAUCGUCUUAGAACAACAGAUGCCAAUAUGAUCUUCUCCGGGGAAAUUUACUUUGAUGUCUAUAUAAAUGUAAUUGAUGAGUGAUGGCUCAAUUUAGUCUGUUUAGAUCUUUCAAUCAAAGAAGUAAUACUUUCCAAUGAGUUUCUCGAUUGUACCUUUCCUAAUGUGUUCAGUAUUGGCAGAAUACAUCCCAACGGAAUUGAAGGUGGACAAAAACCUAGUGCUUUCUUCAGUUUACGAUGCAAUUCGAGAAAAUGGUGAUCGUACGUUGAAGAUCGAUCCAAUAGACGGUCGAAAUAAACGGAACAUCAACUAUUACACUUAUGAUGAUUACAAAAGUGAUGAUUUAAUUCCCAGCUAUGGUGAGGUGAUGCAUGCCACCCCGAUGAAACAGCAAUGCAAAUCGGAUCCCCACGGUGUUCAGACGAUCUCCAUCUCGGACACGCACAGCUGGUCCAGCAUGGGUUCCUCCAUUCUGAAGUAUCUGAUGAUGGCAAUGGCGUUGAUCGCCCUUCCGGUGUUACUGUUCCAGGCCUUCAUCAUACCGUUGAAGGUGUUGAUGGGACUGAAAACUAUGGCGUUCGGAAAUACGCUACUUUUGGCAACAUUUCUCUGGCGAUACCUUACCAGACCUAACAAUGAUAAUCAGGGGGAGGACAACGAUAACGAUCGUGAUCAUGGAACGAAGGAUAUCGCCAAUGAGGUCGAAGAUCGCUUCUACUAUCCUUUCAAUACGGAAGAUCUGGACAAUCUGAACGAAGGUGAAAUCAAAACCAUACUCAAGUUCAUUAAGAUGAAGAAUAAAAAGUGGUGA